AUGGCCAAGGCCAGGACCGACGGAGCCCCCAGGCGCGAGGACGGCUCAACCCCUACCACAACGACAGCACACGAAGAGGAGACGAGCCUUCUCGCCCCCCGAACAUCCUACUCGGACGAUGAGCUCGACUUCCCCCCAGGCGCGAACAACCAUGGGCUCGCCGCGCCCGCGCCCAACGGCGACUUGAUGAAGCCGCCAGCCAACAAGCCAUCCCCCAGAUUACAGGCGCGGAUACCGUCUCCGGUGCUGGUGACGUCGCCGCGGACGCCGCGCAGCGCGAAUCGAGUGCGGUUCGACCUGACGCCCUCGGUGUUGGAGCCGCCUCGUGACUAUACCAUCCGGGAGUCGACGGACGACGAACGGGGCUCCUCCUUCGAGGUUCUCGAUGGUUGCGAUAGCGACGAUGAUGACAGCGGCGACGAUACGAGAAGCAGUCGUAACUCUCAAACGCGGAGACCGUUGCUCACAGAUAUCGAGGCGCCGUCGGUAACGGUAGCCAACGGGCCCUGGGGCGACGGCGACGUUCACACAUGGGCCGAAGAAGAGCGCCGACGGCCGAAAUCGGGCCUGCGGUCUGCCUUCAUGAACAUGGCCAACUCCAUCAUAGGCGCAGGCAUCAUCGGCCAGCCCUACGCGUUACGGCAGGCGGGGCUCGUGGCGGGCAUCGCGCUGCUGGUGGGGUUGACGAUCGCGGUGGACUGGACGAUACGGCUCAUCGUCGUGAACAGCAAGCUCAGCGGCGCGAACAGCUUCCAGGGAACGGUGCAGCACUGUUUCGGUAGACCGGGGUUGAUCGCCAUAUCGGUGGCGCAGUGGGCGUUUGCGUUCGGGGGCAUGGUGGCGUUCGGGGUGAUUGUGGGGGAUACGAUUCCGCAUGUGCUGCAGGCGAUUUGGCCUUCGUUGGGGGAGAUGCCGGUGUUUGGGUUGUUGGCGGAUAGGAGGGUUGUGAUUGCUGUGUUUGUGCUGGGGAUCAGUUAUCCCCUGACUCUGUAUCGAGAUAUUGCAAAGCUCGCGAAAGCUAGCACGCUAGCACUCGUCAGUAUGGCAGUGAUUAUAGUCACUGUCGUGGUGCAAGGUUUCCUCGUCCCGAAGGAGGAGAGAGGGACCAUCACCAAGCAACACCUAUUUAUAAACGACGGCAUCUUCCAGGCUAUCGGCGUUAUAUCAUUCGCUUUCGUAUGUCAUCAUAAUUCCCUCCUAAUCUACGGCUCCCUCAAAACGCCGACCAUCGACCGCUUCUCCCGCGUAACGCACUACUCCACCGGCAUCUCCAUGCUCGCCUGCCUCGUCCUCGCCCUCUCCGGCUUCCUCGUCUUCGGCGACAAAACCCUCGGCAACGUCCUCAACAACUUCUCCCCCGACAACACCAUGGUCAACGUCGCCCGUCUCUGCUUCGGGCUCAACAUGCUCACCACCCUACCCCUCGAGGCCUUCGUGUGCCGCGAGGUCAUGUUCAACUACUUUUUCCCAGGGGAACCGUUCAACAUGAACCUCCACCUCAUCUUCAGCUCGAGCCUCGUCGUCUCGGCCAUGGUGCUGAGCCUCAUCACUUGCGACCUCGGCGCCGUGUUCGAGCUCGUGGGGGCGACGAGCGCGUGUGCGUUGGCUUAUAUACUGCCGCCGCUGUGCUAUAUUAAGUUGACGGCGAGAUCGUGGAAGACGUAUGUUGCGUGUGGUGUCGUGGCGUUUGGAUGCUUAGUGUUGGUUGUGAGUAUUUUUCAGGCGGUGGAGAGGAUUGUUAGUGGCGAGGGGGGUCCUGCGCAGUGCAUGUAA